AUGCCGAAAACAAGAGGAAAUUUUUGGUCUGAGUAUGAAGUUACUGUUGAUUCUAAUGGAAAAGAAAAAUAUACAUGUAAAACUUGUUCUGGUAUAUGGUCUAAAAAUGCUUCUCAUCUUAAAGAAAAUAUCGAAAAAUGCAAAGAUAUAAAUGUAGAAACUGAAACUUCACAACCUCAAGGUACUAAACGUAAAAGACAGCAAACAUUUGACGAAUACAAAUUUGCUUUUACUUCCAAAGAUCAGAUUAUUUUAGAAAGUCUUCUUAUACGGGCUUUUUGCUCGGCGAGUAUUUUAUUUAAUGUAAUUGAAAAUGAAGAUUUUAUUUUAUUCUUAAAAAAAGCCUGCUUUUCUUUUAAGAUUCCUUCACGUUUUACUCUUUCAAACACUCUUUUAGAUCAAGAAUUUGAACAUUUAGAAUUAGUUGUUAAUUCAGCAUUAUCUGAAAACAAUGUGCCAAAUAUAAAGGCUGCUUGGAAGAUCUUAAAACAAAAAUAUCCCAAAAAAAUCUUUCUUGGCUGUUGGGCGCAUGAAAUGAUCGACAUAUCCGUUUUGACCGGAAUUACGAUUUUCGGCUGGAAUUAUGAAUUCGGCCAAAAUUAUGAAUUAAUUUCGGAAAAAUUUCAGAUUUCGGAUUCGAAAUUUCGGAUUUCGGAUUUUUGCCAAAUCAAUUUCGGGGCCAUCCUUAGAAAUCGCAUUGAUUUUACUUUGCGAUACAUGAUGGGAUCUUCAUAUUCUUAUAUUAACCAGUUAUUCUUUACAAAAUCAGCUAUUCGAUCUACUAUUGCUGAGGAUCAUCUUAAUCUUGAUGAUAGAAUGAAGUCACUUAUUUCUAGUGAUACUUUUUGGAAUGAUCUUGGGAAAAUUCAAAAUUUUUUAGAAAAUUUUGCUAUUUUUAUUAAAAAAUUAGAAGGAGAUAAAACAUUUCUUUCUACUGCAUAUUUUGAAUAUCAGCAACUUAAAGCAUAUAUGCGAAACAAUACUGAUUUACCUGAAAAUAUUCGUGAAGAAGUUGAAAAAUUUGGCACAAAUCGGUGGUAA